AUGGCCAACGACGAGAUCAACGUCCCGUCUCUCGUCCUGAUAUUGGUCGUCUCGGGCUUCAUUAUCCGCCACUUCUUCUUCCGCGGCUCACCACCCGCAAACGGCGCACGCGGCUCUUCCGAGGCCGGCGCACGAGGUGCCGCUGCCGCUGGAAGCCAACAGGGCCAGUCGCGAGAUCAGCGGCGUGCCGAGGCCCUUGACCGCCGUACCGAGGCGGCUGUCGAGCAAAUCCAGCAAAUCUUUCCCUAUGCCGACCGCCGUGAGGUCUGGUGGGAUCUGCGCCGCAACGGCGUUAAUGUCGCCGCCACCACCGAGCGCAUUCUAGCUGGGCGUCUGGAUUCGCCUCCCGUGACGUUCCAGCCUCCUACACAGCAACCCCGGCCGAGCACCAACGGCUCACGAACGGGCAGCGCCGCCGCUGCUGGUGCAGCCGGCACGCCUGCCGCCUCCAAGUCUGGCCAGCCGAGUCUGAUCCAGCGCUACAAUCUCGAGAGCAAGGUCGCCGAGCUGUCUGGAGGCGCCGACGCCGAAUCUUCAGAAAAACCCUCUCCGUCCGGCGGCAAGUCCAAGAACUGGAGCACAAACCGCGACGAGCGGCAAACCCUGCUCAAGAAGCGGCGGGACGACAUGAUUCUCGAGGCACGGCGUAAGAUGGAGGCCAAGAUUGCGGCCGAAAAGGCAAAGACUGCUGAAGGAGCAGCAGCGGCAGCAACAGGCGGUGAUUCGGCGAGCUCAUGA